ACACACGCAAACAGGUUCAAUGUAAGAUGAUAAACGGAAUCUUAGAAUAAGAGAGACGACGGCUUAACACUCAUUUCAUCAUCGUCGGUCGCAGCGCGCGCACGUAACAGAAAAUUCAUAAAAAACUGCAAACCAUGGAGCAAAAAAAAUCGAAACCAACUGAAGACGGCAACAACAGCGACAGUGAUGUGGAAAUAGUCGAGUGCUGUGGUCUGGAUAAACCGAAGAUCGGUCUAAAUGUGAUGUCCAAAGCCGCUGCAGAUGCCAACGACAGCGACAGUGAUGUGGAAAUAAUCGGAUGCUUCGCUCUGAGUAAGCCAACGAUCCGUGAGAAGCCGCCACCAAAUUCUCCAGCGAUGACGCACAUUCCGAUGCCGUUGGCCACACCGCCGUGGUCCCCCACCGACACUUCAAUGCCUAUCCUCUCUACCAUUACCAGUCUUCGACCUGGCUCGGUACUGUGCAUUCCGUGCUAUCUGUGCCAGAAGCGGUUUUACGACAUAGAUCUUCUCAAGGAGCACCUAAGCCAACAUGGCAUGGAGAUCUACCGUAGCACUUUGCAACCUCAAGUCACCACGGUACAACCAACUGUGCAACAAUUUAUCCUAGAUCCGAUCAAGUUUAACUUUUCAAGUGCUCAAUCAACGCCACCGCUUGUUCCAUCAUUUAAUAAUUCAUGUUUAAAGCGAGGACGUCCACGUAAGGUAUCCUUUGAAUGCCAGUUUUGCAAAAUCAAGUUAAGUUCCUCCCAGGACCUGGAACUUCACCAUAAGCGCUGCAAUCCGGGAAAAGCAGCGGCGGCGAAUUUCGUAUGCAAGUACUGCAACAAGGCGUACAGACGUGAAGGCUUUUUAACUCGUCACAUGAGACAAAAACACAAUUUCCGUCUGUUUGAUCUUCCAAAAGCACCACCGUCCCCCUGUUCAUCCGCAGCAUCCACAUCGGAGUCAACUUUCACAGAAAGUAGUACUGAGCUGACCAAUGCAGAGCCGACAGCCGUCGUAUGUUAUCCGUCCAGCGGCGAGUUCAUAGCGCCCUCGGAACUGCUCAAUGCUGAUCCUCCAUCCAGUUACUGCCCGAUCAGCGAAUUUACAUCAUCCACAUCGGAGUCAACAUUCACAGAAAAUAGAACUGAGUUGUCCAACGCAGAGCCAGCUGUCGACUGUUAUCCGUCCAACCGAGAGUUCAUGGCGGACGGGGAACUGGUGAAUGCUGCUUCUCCUUCCAAUUAUUGUCCGAUCAGCGAAUUUACAGCAACCGCUUUGGAGUUAACCUCAUCACCACCAAGCACUCGAUUGAUUAAAGAUGAGCCAGCUAUCGAUUCCUGUGAAGCAAGUGAAUCGCAUGAAGAACUAGCAGCGAAGGCAGCCGCCUUCUACUGUCCGCCCGCCGAAUGGGCAGCCAUGGGCCGACCGUUUGCGAAUGGUUACUUCAUUCCCAUGGAUCCCAACAAAACGUAUCCACUUCGUCGGGAUGAUUGCUUCUUGGGUGAAUUUAGUAACUGGGUCAGUCAAGAGGAAAUGGAUAAGUAUUCCGAACGGUGCCAGACCUGAAAUGCACUCAAAGAAAAAAGCUGAAGCUUUCUUGGAUACUCUAAAUUAUUGCCAUACAUUAUAUCCUAUCAUUUUUGUGGAGAUUUCAGAAAGGCUGAAAGGCUUCCCUUUCAAUCUCAGCACUUGUACAUAAAGGAAAUGGGACUUCCAAUUCCGAAAACUAAUAAAAACGAAUGAAGAACUGAAA